AUCCAUGUCUAUCAUGUUUGUGCUGACAUUUUUGCAUUGGGAAUGAUGAACAUGUCAAAGCAAAAGAGGAAGAUGGAGAUUGUAGUUGGCUUUUUCUUGCUGUUAUCUGCAACUUUGGCUCAUGGGCAGCGUCAAACAGGAUUCAUAAGCAUUGAUUGUGGCUCUCCUUCGAAUUUUAACUACGAAGACACCGACACCGGCAUAACAUAUUCUCCGGAUGGUGCUUUCAUAGAGACAGGAAUAAACAGGAACAUUUCCUCUGAAUAUGCAUAUCCAAACAAUCUCAAUCUACCAUUACCUCUUUCAGAUCUCAGAACUUUUCCUCAAGGAAACAAGAACUGUUACACCUUGAAACCCGCAGAUGGAAAUGGCACUAAGAAUCUCAUUAGAGCCUUCUUCUUAUAUGCAAACUACGACGGAGAAAACAAGCCACCUGAAUUCGAUCUUUAUCUCGAUGUCAAUCUUUGGUACACAGUGAAAUUCAGCAAUGUCUCUGAGAUUGUCACAACUGAGAUUAUCAGCAUGGCAUUAAAAGAUACAAUACACAUUUGUCUUGUGGACAAAGGCUUGGGAACUCCUUUCAUAUCAGCAUUGGAGCUUAGGCCAUUGAACAAUUCAGUAUAUGACACCGAGUUUGGAAUCGAUGCUUCACUAGUACUCUUUGAGAGAUUGGAUAUCGGGAAGACCAAUGGGACAGGUCGGUAUGAAGACGAUGUCUAUGACCGAAUCUGGUCCCCAUAUAUUUCCACAACUUGGGAUCCAAUCAGCACUUCUUCAGCGGUAAACAACUAUGAAAAUGGAUAUAGAGUUCCUUCGGAAGUAAUCAAGACUGGAGCUAAGCCUCAAACUACUGAUGGAUCUUUAGAGCUGAAGUGGAAUACAACUGAUUCGAGCUCUCGAUUUUAUGUUUACAUGCACUUUGCUGAAGUGGAGGAACUUGGGAGAAACCAGUCAAGAAAGUUCAAUGUAACUUGGAAUGGAACUCCUUUGUUUGGACCCUUGAGCCCUCGUUACUUGUAUGCUACGUCAGUGUCGAAUUCAAGAGCCCUGGUUGGGAAAGAUCACCAGAUUUCUAUUCGUAAAACGGAGGACUCUACUCAUCCACCAAUCCUCAAUGCUGUCGAGAUUUACAUGGCCAAACAGAAGAAUGAAUCACAAACAUAUAGUGAUGAUACUGAUGCUAUAGAGAAUGUCAAAACAACAUAUGGAAUUGUCAAGAACUGGGCAGGUGAUCCCUGUGGGCCAAAGAAUUUCUCUUGGGAAGGCGUGAAAUGCAGUCACAAUUCUUCACUUCGGAUUAUUUCCUUAAACUUGAGCUCAAGCAAUUUGGGUGGAUCAAUAGCUUCCUCUAUUUCCAAGCUCUCAUUUCUGGAAUCCUUGGACCUCUCCAACAACAACUUAACCGGACCAAUUCCCGAAUUCCUGGAAGAUCUAAAAUCUCUCAAGUUAUUAAGUUUGAAAGGAAACCAGUUGUCUGGUGUUGUUCCCAAUGCUCUUUUGGAGAGAUCAGAGGAUGGUUCACUUUUGUUAAGUGUGGAUAGUCGAAAUCUUUGUAACUCGGGUUCGUGCAAAAAGAAGAAGAAUAUUGUUACUCCCAUAGUUGCAUCAUUGGCAUCAGCAUUUGUCCUCCUCAUCGUAUUGAUCAUCAUAUGGAAACAAACAAGAAAGAAAAAAUCAGAAGAAGUAAUCCUUGGACAACAAGGAAGACAUGUAUCAAUAAAGAAGAGCCAGUAUAGUUAUGCUGAGGUUGUGGAAAUUACCGAAAACUUCCAAACAGAAAUAGGAAAGGGAGGAUUUGGGGUGGUGUACCAUGGCUAUAUGAAGGAUGGCACCCAAGUUGCAAUAAAAAGGCUAUCUCCAUCAUCAUCUCAAGGUCCUAGGGAAUUCCAAACUGAGGUAGAGCUGUUGAUGAGAAUACAUCACAGAAACUUGGCCUCUUUUGUUGGAUACUGUGAUGAUGGUAACAAGUUGGCGCUUAUAUACGAGUACAUGCCUAAUGGAAACCUAAAACAAUAUCUUUCAGAUAAAAGUUCACAGUUGAGUUGGGAAAUGAGGCUUCGCAUAGCACUAGAUGCUGCACAAGGACUAGAGUACUUGCACCAUGGCUGCAAGCCACCGGUUGUACACAGAGAUGUGAAGACGAGCAACAUUUUGUUAGGUGAAAACUUGGAUGCUAAAAUAGCAGAUUUUGGUCUCUCUAAAGUUUUUGCCAAUGACAACGACACCCAUGUGGAAACUACAGUCAUGGGAACGGCAGGAUAUCUUGAUCCAGAGUACUAUAGCUCACAAAAACUGACUGAGAAAAGUGAUGUCUAUAGUUUUGGGGUGGUUCUGCUAGAGCUAAUAACAGGCCAACCAGCAAUCAUCAAAACCGAUGAAACCGUCCACGUAAUACAAUGGGUGAGUAGUGAACUUGAACAAGGGGAUAUAAAGAGUAUUGUGGAUCAAAGGCUACAAGAGAAUUUUGAUGUGAAUUCUGUGUGCAAAACCUUAGAAGUGGCAAUGGCAUGCACAACUUCACAUUCCCAACAAAGAGCCACAAUGAGUUAUGUGUUGGCAGAGCUUAAACAGUGUUUGGAAAUAGAGCUGUCAAAGGAUAUAGAAAGAGCUCCAAUUAGACAAGCACAUAAUUUCCACUUCCAUUCAUAUAGCAGCACACUUGAAUUAUCUUCCAUUUAUACUGAUUCUGUGAACAUGGAUUCUGUGACAACUCCAUUAGCAAGAUAGGGAAAACCCCACAUUGAAAGACUCUUUUGGAAGAUUACUAGUACAUGGUUUAGUACUUUCAUUCUCUAUAUGUAGAGUUUCCAGAUGUUUCUUGUCUUCUUUGGCUGAAUCAAAAAGAGGUUCUAUUGUUGUCAUCCCGCUUUUCAUUCUUUACGCCACUUUCAAAAUCUCGAGCCCACUAAUAGAAUGGAAAGGAUCUAAUCCAAUUCUACUCAAAAGAUGAGUCCAAUUUUAAAUGUCAUCACACACUCAAUGCCACACAACACAUUAAUUAAGUAA